AUGGAGAAUUUGAUUAUAGUUAUAUCAUCUACAACUUUCAAUGAUGAAAAUGAGAAUAAAACUGAAAAUGGAAAUAAUAAAGUUAUUUAUAUUGCUCAAUUUAAAGAUGAAACUAAAAAUGUUGAUGUACAAUUUUAUCGUAGAAUUUUAGCCUAUGUAUUAAAAUGCCCUAAAAGAACGUAUUGGGCAAAAUAUCAUCAACCAACAGUUAAAGAAAUUAAAGAUUGUGAAAAUUUAAAAUUUUUUUUUAAACAAUGGUUAUGA